GGUACUGUCAUGUGUCAGCAUCAGUGAUGGUUUAGUUUAAAGGGUAUACGUAAACAAAACAAACAGUUCUUGUAAUUUUUUACAAGUGGUUAUCUUUCUUUGUGUGUGUGUUAUCACUUGCCACAUAUUUUUGGUUUUGCGAGUCUAUCUAGCUGAGUAAUGUGAUAGUAAUAUGAAAUAUCUUUAUUGAACGUUGCGGUCUGAAGCUAAACAAAAACUAAUACUACACUAUAGUGUUUAAAGGUUAAUAAUGAAUUUUUAAUUAACAAAUUAUUACAUAAUUUUAUCAAUAUCGAAUAGGAAAUUCUCAGUGGUUCGUUGCCGGAUGCAUUAGUUUAAUUGAAAAAGGAGGAUGAGCAGAAUACGUUGAUAACGUCAAAUUCGUGAUUUGCCAGGUCGGCCUUUAAUCUUAUAAUUUCCAUUAUUUUGAACAAGUAGACUGAUGACUGUUGAAAUGGUAGCAGAUAUGUCAGUACUGUAUUUACUGACCAUUAUUGUGUCUUGUAUACUUGUUAUCAAUUACUUUGUUAUUAAGCAAGUGAGGAAGUGUCGGGUGAGAAGAACUGGAGGUCUGACAGUCGGGAUAUUUCAUCCAUAUUGUAAUGCGGGUGGCGGUGGAGAGAAGGUGUUGUGGUGUGCGAUACGUGCUCUACAACAGAAGUAUGACAACGUGGACAUAGUCGUAUAUACAGGAGACAUUGAAGUUACACCAGAUGAGAUACUGAACUUGGCUGCACGAAGAUUGAAUACACCUUUACCGCGAAGUGUCAAAUUCAUCUACCUCCAGACUAGGAGCCUGGUAGAGGCGGGGAAAUAUCCUGUGUGUACCCUACUAGGGCAGAGCCUAGGGUCUGUGGUGUUGGGCGCCGAGGCCAUGUGGCGUUAUCUACCAGAUGUGUACAUUGACACGAUGGGUUAUGCCUUCACACUGCCUCUGUUCUCAUGGAUCGGGGGAUGCAAAGUGGGCUGCUAUGUGCACUACCCCACCAUUACCUCUGACAUGUUGCGGAGGGUAUCUGAUCGUAUCGAGGCCCACAACAACCGAGCCGUGUUCGCACGUAGUCCUACACUGACAGCUAUCAAGCUGCUCUACUACCGAGCAUUUGCCUGGCUGUACAGAACAGCCGGAGGCUCGGCUGACAUUGUGAUGGUCAACUCCAGCUGGACCAAGGGUCAUAUAUUGGACUUAUGGCAAAGACAGGACACCACUCACCUGGUCUAUCCUCCUUGUGACAUUUUACCUCUCAGGCUGCUGGACCACAGAGAAACCGAUGAAGUGCGUAUUGUGUCUCUGGGUCAAUUCCGUCCAGAGAAGGACCAUCCACUACAAGUUAGAGCUUUCCAGAUUGUCAAAUCCAAAGUCUCUCCUGAUGUCUGGUCCAAGGUAAAGUUGGUGUUGAUUGGUUCGUGUCGAGAUGCCCAGGAUGAGGCUAGAGUGGAGGCCAUCAGGCAGCUGGUAGAGGAUUUAUCUGUCACCAGCAAUGUAGAGUUCAAGGUGAACAUCUCUUUUGAUGAGCUGAAGGAGCAGUUCUCGCUAGGCACCGUAGGACUGCAUACCAUGUGGAAUGAGCAUUUUGGUAUCGGUAUAGUUGAGUGUAUGGCAGCUGGUCUGGUAAUGCUUGCACAUCGCUCUGGCGGUCCCAAGCUGGAUAUUGUGGAAGAGGAGGAGAGCAGCCGCACAGGAUUCCUGGCUGAGACUGCUGAGGAGUAUGCUGAUGUGAUUGUGCGGAUCAUUAACACACCCAGCAAUGAGCUGGACAACAUACGCAAAGCUGCUAGGAAAUCUGUGGAAAGGUUCUCAAUUGACAGUUUUGAAGAAAAGUUUUUAUCUGUUAUAAAUCCAUUGCUGGAAACCAAAAAGACAAACUAAUCAAGAUAGACUUAUUUCUAUCAUCAUGAAAUUUGACUGUGAUUUUGGAUAGAAGUAAGUUAUUCCAAUUUGGAACAUGUAAUGUUAAUAUUUUUAAUCUGUUAUUUAUUGUACAUUUAUUUAAGUAUCAUUAAAAAAGAGGGUGAAAAUAAAUAGUUAUAGCAAUUA